GUGGUACUGGCAGAAGGAAAAGAGAGAGCCUUAUGUGAAAUUUAUGGAGGCAAAUUACCCACCUGGGUUCAGUUAUGAAGAUUUUGGGCCACUGUUUACAGCAGAAUUCUUUGAUCCCAACCAGUGGGCAGAUAUUCUGAAGGCUUCAGGUGCAAAAUAUGUUGUCUUAACUUCAAAACAUCAUGAAGGCUUUACUUUGUGGGGAUCUGAAUAUUCUUGGAACUGGAACGCUGUUGAUGUGGGACCGAAACGAGAUCUCGUGGCUGAACUAGCAACUUCUGUUAGAAACAGGACUGACUUGCGUUUUGGGUUAUAUCAUUCCCUGUUUGAAUGGUUUAAUCCUCUCUUCCUUGAGGAUGCCACCCAUGUCUUUAAGACAAGAAAGUUUCCAACCAGUAAAUCAUUACCAGAACUCUAUGAAAUUGUGACCAAGUACCAACCAGAAAUAAUUUGGUCUGAUGGGGAUGGAAACGCGCCAGAUACUUACUGGAACAGCACUGGUUUCUUGGCUUGGCUGUAUAAUGACAGUCCAGUCCGGGACACAGUUGUGACCAACGACCGCUGGGGAGCUGGCAGCAUCUGCACACACGGCGGCUUCUACACUUGCAGUGACCGGUAUAACCCGGGACGCCUCCUGCCUCGCAAGUGGGAGAACUGCAUGACCAUUGACAAGAGGUCGUGGGGGUACAGGAGGAAUGCACAGCUUGACGAUUACCUCACAAUCGAGGACUUGGUGAAGCAACUUGUAGAAACAGUGUCUUGUGGAGGAAAUCUCUUGAUGAAUAUCGGGCCCACUCACGAUGGUCGCAUCGCUGUUAUAUUUGAGGAACGCCUGAGGCAGAUGGGUGCCUGGCUGAAAGUCAACGGAGAAGCCAUCUAUGGGACGAAACCAUGGAGAGCACAGAACGACACGGUCACACCACAAGUGUGGUACACUGUCAGUCCUGAAGGCAGCAAAGUCAAUGCCAUCUUCCUUAACUGGCCAGUCUCUGGGACUCUGGAGCUUGGUGAGCCACAGGCUAAGCUUGGAGAAACACAGGUGAAGCUGAUUGGCUACAAGGACCUGCUGAAAUGGGUUGCACUGGGAGCAAAGGGAAUGGCAAUAGUUCUACCUCAGUUAACUCCUGAACAAUUGCCCUGUCAUUGGGGCUGGACUUUGCAACUGACUGAUGUAAACUAAGCUGUACGCUGCUGGAG